GAAAAACGAUGAAGGAUUCUGGUCGCCUGAAGCUCCUGGUGAAUAUUGUAUACCAUAGAGUUGGAAGGAAUAUAUUUUAUUCGCGAUUGACAAGAUUCGGGGUAGUGAAAAAUAGGAUUUAAAAUAUGGAUAGUCGUUUACAGGAAAUCCGAGAGCGACAGAAGUUACGCCGACAGCUCCUGGCUCAGCAGUUGGGAGCUGAAAGUGCUGACAGCAUCGGAGCUGUGUUAAAUAGCAAAGAGGAGCAGAGAGAAAUUGCGGAAACAAGAGAAACCUGUAGGGCUUCCUAUGAUACCUCUGCUCCAAAUGCAAAACGGAAGUACUUAGAUGAAGGAGAAGUAGAUGAAGACAAAGUGGAAGAAUAUAAGGAUGAACUAGAACUGCAACAGGAAGAAGAAAAUCUGCCUUAUGAAGAAGAGAUUUACAAAGAUUCUAGUACUUUUCUUAAGGGAACACAGAGUUUAAAUCCACAUAAUGAUUACUGCCAACAUUUUGUAGACACUGGGCAUAGACCUCAGAAUUUCAUCAGGGAUGUAGGUUUGGCUGACAGAUUUGAAGAGUAUCCAAAACUGAGGGAACUCAUUAGGCUAAAGGAUGAGUUAAUUGCUAAAUCUAACACUCCUCCUAUGUACUUACAAGCAGAUAUAGAAGCCUUUGACAUCAGAGAACUAACACCCAAAUUUGAUGUGAUUCUUUUGGAACCUCCAUUAGAAGAGUAUUACAGAGAGACUGGCAUCACUGCUAAUGAAAAAUGCUGGACUUGGGAUGACAUCAUGAAGUUAGAAAUUGAUGAGAUUGCAGCACCCCGAUCAUUUAUAUUUCUCUGGUGUGGUUCUGGGGAAGGAUUGGACCUUGGAAGAGUGUGUUUACGAAAAUGGGGUUACAGAAGAUGUGAAGAUAUUUGUUGGAUUAAAACCAAUAAAAACAAUCCUGGGAAAACCAAGACUUUAGAUCCAAAGGCUGUUUUCCAGAGAACAAAGGAACAUUGCCUUAUGGGGAUCAAAGGAACUGUGAAGCGCAGCACUGACGGGGACUUUAUUCAUGCUAAUGUAGACAUUGACUUAAUUAUCACAGAAGAACCUGAAAUUGGAAAUAUAGAAAAACCUGUAGAAAUUUUUCAUAUAAUUGAGCAUUUUUGUCUUGGAAGAAGACGUCUUCAUCUGUUUGGAAGAGAUAGUACAAUUCGACCAGGCUGGCUUACAGUGGGACCAACACUAACAAACAGCAACUACAAUGCAGAAACAUACGCAUCCUAUUUCAGUGCCCCAAAUUCCUACCUGACAGGAUGUACAGAGGAAAUCGAGAGACUUCGACCAAAGUCUCCUCCACCCAAAUCAAAAUCUGAUCGCGGUGGUGGAGCUCCCAGAGGUGGAGGGAGAGGGGGAACAUCUGCUGGCCGUGGUCGAGAAAGAAAUCGAUCCAACUUCCGAGGAGAAAGAGGUGGCUUUAGAGGGGGCCGUGGAGGGGCACACAGAGGCGGCUUUCCACCUCGGUAACUUCUAGGUUCUGAUCCUCUUAAUGUGCCUCUGGCCUUUUUUAUCUUUUAUCGUGGGAGUUUUAGGACUUCAUUCUAGCGUGCGAACUUUGCUAUAGUUCUGUAAGCUACCAGCUUUGCCCCUUCUCUUGCAGUUGUUUUGUUACAGUGUCUGGUUUGUUAUAGGAUAAAUGAUCUUGCCAUUUGUCAUGUGCAUCUACCUGACCAGAAUGAAAUAACACAAGUUAGCUUCCCCUUCAGGGACCGAAUUUAUUCUAAUUCUUCCUAAUUACAAAGGCUUUUGCUCCAGGAAUAGCUGGAGAAUCAGAUGACUCAGCCUGUGUAUCACACCAGUGCUGACUGAAGUUGAUCCUGCCACUGCUGCCACAGUUGGGGGAGCUGGGAGCCUUGAUAGAAGGGUGCUGGCCAGAUGGUCAGCUUCUAUCAGUUUUUACAGUUGCUUGUUGAAAUGAUAAAGACAAUUAGACUUCAUUUUUUUAAUUUUAAAAAUAAAUCAUAAUUUUGUGUAGCUAAGAUGACUAUUAAUCAUGCCUCUAAAGAAGCAAAUGAGGACAGAUAUCCUUGUAUUAGGACUCCUGUGGAUUCGAACUUGGGUGACCUUUAGAGAAGUCUCAUUUUCCAAUAAAGUAAAAGUAAUGGAAAGAUACACACACCUGGUCUCUAUCAGGUCUGCUGUAAACAGUUUGGGGAAUAAAUACUUGGUAAUGAGGAAUGAUAUAACCUUUACCCUUGAUAUUGAACAAAAUUUCAUAUAAAAGCAAUUAUAGAAAAUCUUGAACUGUAGAAUAUAAUUUGGAAAUGGAACUGGAGUUCCUUUUUAUUAAAACCAUCUUGGGUGAUAUUUGGGAAGGGGCUGGUUGUACAGACCAGUUAGUUAUGUAUGACUACAUGCUGUUAUUUCUCUUCCUAUAUUGUAACUUAUGUUUAAAUGAAUUUGAUGAAAUCAUACCAUUCUUGAUAAAAGCUUUAUUUUGUUACAGUUUUUCUAAUGAAACUUUAACUUUUGAAA